AUGACUGACCAGUCAACUUCUCCCGACCUGGCGCCCCCCCAAAAGGUGUCCGAGUGGCUGGACUUUGUCCUGGGGAAGGCGGACGCGCCGCCGGCCUUCAUGACGAGAGACGCCCCGCCGGAGCGCAAGCGCGCCAGGCGCCGCCCCGACGAGGAAGACGAGGAGGCGCCAGGCCCCCUGGACCCCUUUCUGCAGCAGCAGCAGCUGCAGCAGCAGCCCCUUAUGUUCUCCUCCCAGGCCGACGUGGCGGCCGCAGCGGGCGGCGCGCCCGGUGCGUUCGCAGGCGCGGGCGGCCCAGGCGGCGUGCCGCGUCUCAGCCAGCAGCAGGCGGGCCUCGCCCCCACCGGCAGUGUGUUUGUGGCCGGACCGGGCGCCGCGCCGCGCCCUGCGCAGCAGGCGCUUGCCUCGCAGCAGCAGCAGCAGCAGCAGCAGCAGCAGCAGCAGCAGCAGCAGCAGCAGCAGCAGCAGCAGCAGCAGCAGCAGCAGCAGCAGCAGCAGCAGCAGCAGCAGCAGCAGCAGCAGCAGCAUCCGCAGCAGCACCCCAACACCGCCGCCGCGUUCGCCGGGACGAGCCUGCUGUUCGGCGGCCCCAGCGCCGCUGCUGCGGCGGGCCUGGCGUCUGAGCUGGAGGCCAUCUUUGCUUCGGACCCCGAGACCUGCCGCUGGGUCACCGCGGUGCCGAGUGACGCUGAGGUGCGCGCCUUCAGGGAGUGGGCCGCCCGCCUCCGCCCCUCCGCCGUCGCCGACGCGCCGCCGCCGGGCGCGCCGCCGGGCGGCUGGACGCCGACGGGCGACGCGCUGCGCGUGCUCGCCGAGCUGGCGGGCUACCCGGUAAGCAUGCGGCUGCUGAUGGUCAGCGGCAUCGGCCGCGCGGUGGCCGCGCUGUGCGCGCACGCGCGCGCGCCGGCCGUGCGCGCGGCGGCCGCGCAACUAGCUGCGGCGUGGCGCGGCGCGGCGACGGCGGCGCUGGGGCGCGCGAGCCGCGCACUGAAAGAAUGCUACGGGGACGGGGGCGUUGCAGCUGGGGGUCUGGAGUGUGGGGGCGAGUUUGAUGGGGUGGAUAGCUUAUUGGCGGCCGGUGGCAGGCGGGUCCUUUGA